AUGGGCGAGAAAACGAUCUUGGUCCUAGGAGCGACCGGCACCCAGGGCGGCUCUGUUGCGAAACUGUUGCUCCAGUACCCACACCAGUACACCACGAGAUGUCUGACCAGAAACCCAACUUCGGAUAAGGCAAAAGCCCUAGCAGAAAGCGGAGCCAAGCUUGUCAAGGCCGACCUCACUGUUCCUUCCUCACUGCCAGAGGCGUUCAAGGGUGUAUGGGGUGUCUUCGCUGUCACGGACUUUUAUGAUACGGCCGUCCUUGAAGAUCCUAUGAGUGAGGAAACUCAAGGACAAAACAUUGUCGCAGCGGCAAAGGAGGCCGGAGUCCAAUGUUUCAUCUGGAGUACGCUGCCUAGCUCGUAUGAAAUUUCGGGCGGUAAAUUUCUCACGCGGCUUUACGAGGGAAAAUACGCGGUGGACUCUAUGAUUCGCGAGGCUGGACUUCCAGCAUGCUUUAUUCGCACUGGUAACUUUUACGAAAAUAUGGUUCUUCGAAAAUACGCUUCCUACGACAAGGAAAAAGACAUCAUAAACAUGAGCCGCCCCGUUAUCGGACCAGAUGCUGAGAUUACAUCCCUAUACGUGGAAAAAGACUUGUCGGCUGUCUGCAAGGCUGUUUUCGACCUCUGGGAUACGGAUAAGGACAAACUCAAUUAUAAGAAUAUGCUGGCAGCCGGAGCACGCGAGACUCCAGGAGAUAUCUGUGCAGCACUGGAACGAGUGUCCGGCAAGAAAGUAGUCUACACUACCCGACUAACGACGGGGAUCAAGGACCGCGACAUAAUGCUGCAGCUAUACAAUUCGUUGGGGAUGUAUCCGGGAGUAGAAACCCCCAGUCAAGAGGUUAUGGAUCUCGGGGUGAAGUUCCACACCGCAGAGGAUUACAUCCGAGAGAGGCUACUGCCUCACCUUGGCCUUCCGGCGGUAAACUAG